AGAUGUCUUUACAGAAGACAGGACUUCAGUGAUAUAAUAUCUAUACCACAAAAUAAUUGUACCUGAUAGGGAGAUUUAAUAAGUCUGAGGGUGCUGUUAAGUUUUCUCAAGACAGACUCAUCUUUGCGGAUGCAACUGCAGAACAGGAAACAGACUCAGGGAGAAUUUUAGCACCCCCAAAUCUCAUUGGCCCUCUGCACAAAGCCAAGCCACAACCACUCCCGCCACACAACCGGAUUCAUUUCAGCACUCGCAUCCGUGGACAGCUCCCCUUGCCGAGCGGUCCGUGCCUCUGCAGUGAGCUGACUUGCGCUGCCAGCAGCGGUCGGCGCCGCGCCCGCCGGGAGUCCCAGCCAGCGCUCGCAGAACGCGCACUCACUCCCUCCUCCCUCACCGUCCUCCACCCCUCGCUCACUCCGGCCCACUCCAGCGGCGACUUUGAGGGAUUCCCUCUCGGGCAGCCUCUGCAGCAGCACAUCUGGCCUAGUUAGCGGCAUUGCGAGCAUGGCUCUCCGGGGAAGAGCGGUCCCCAGCGUCGACAGACUUCGAGUUCUCCUGAUGCUGUUCCAUACAAUGGCUCGAAUCAUGGCAGAACAAGAAGUGGAAAAUCUCUCGGGCCUUUCCAACAACCCUGAAAAAGAUAUAUUUGUGGUGCGGGAAAAUGGGACGACGUGUCUCAUGGCAGAGUUUGCAGCCAAAUUUAUUGUACCUUAUGAUGUGUGGGCCAGCAAUUACGUAGAUGAAAGCCACAACACGUCCAAGGGACCCGAGGCGACUUGGAGGCUGAGCAAGGUUCAGUUUGUCUACGAUUCGUCCGAGAAGACCCACUUUAAAGACGCUGUCAGUGCUGGGAAGCACACAGCCAACUCGCACCGCCUCUCUGCUUUGGUCACCCCUGCUGGGAAGUCUUACGAAUGUCAAGCUCAGCAAACCAUCUCACUGGCCUCUAGCGAUCCGCAGAAGACUGUCACCAUGAUCCUGUCUGCUGUCCACAUCCAACCGUUUGACAUUAUCUCAGAUUUCGUCUUCAGUGAAGAGCAUAAAUGCCCAGUGGAUGAGAGGGAACAACUGGAAGAAACCUUGCCCCUGGUCCUGGGGCUCAUCUUGGGCCUCAUCAUUGUGGUAACCCUCGCAAUUUACCACAUCCACCACAAAAUGACUGCCAACCAGGUGCAGAUCCCUCGGGACCGAUCUGAGUAUAAGCACAUGGGCUAGGGGCCAUCAGGGAGCCAGGCCCCAUGCUCGCUCCCCUAACUGGAUCAGGUAGAAAAAAAAAGCACUUUUCACCUCGUACACAGGAUACACAACAUAGCUACAAUCAAACAGACCUUGGUAUUCGAGGCUUGCUUGGCCUGCGUCCACGCUUAAACCCAGGCAUGGGUGGGGAGGGGGAAUUCUUUUGGAUCCAUGGGGUGAAUGGCAAUUGUUCUCUCCAUGCUGGAGAGUGGGAAGGGAGGGGCUCAGUCAGCUUUCAUGCUCAUGGUGACUUGGCUUUGACUCUCCAAGAAGCCCCAAAGUUUAGGAAUUGAAAACACACUUCUUUUGGGAGAAACUCCCUUUAUGUUCAGAGGAAUAGGGGGUGCUUUGCUCCCUUGGACACAGCUGGCUUGCCCUAUACAGUUGUCAAUGCACACAAAACACAACCUCAUGCUCCCUGCAGCAAGACCCUGAAAGUGAUCCAUGCUUCUGGCUGGUGUUCUGCAUGUCUAGUGAUUGUCUUGGGAAUGUUUUAUUGCUAUUUGCACCCAGUGACUUUGCAGCACAAGAACCUGUUUAAUGUAACUAUGCAGAGUUGUUUGGACUUCAUAAUGUGCCAGGUCCAAGUCAAGGGACCUGAAGAAUCAAUCUGUGUACGUUUGUUUUUAAAAAUGAAUUAAAACACACUACUCUCUGA